AUGGAAUCCGCCAAGGUCCCCGUCAAGCUUGUCAAGGUCACCCGCGUGCUCGGCCGCACCGGCUCCCGCGGUGGUGUUACCCAGGUCCGCGUUGAGUUCAUGGACGACACUACCCGUUCCAUCAUCCGUAACGUCAAGGGUCCCGUCCGCGAGAACGACAUCCUGUGCCUUCUGGAGUCUGAGCGUGAGGCGAGGAGGCUGCGCUAA